AUGGCGGCGAAUGCGGACUUUUUGAAGGCCAUGAAGAACGGCACGCAGUUCUACUUCAAUCACGACCCUGCUUUGAGUUUCGCGGUUGCCGAUCUGGUGGAAUACACUCUCGCUGCGUCCGCCGUGCAGACGAGCUCGGACACCGAGGCAUUUGUGGAUGCGAACUACACCGCACAAGUUCCGUAUCAAAUGUAAAUAUGUCUGGGUCUGGAAGAAUGCAACUUGUGAUGCCGCAUUUGGAUUUCAAAAAAAUCUGUAUUGCAUGAGCAGCAAAGGGAGUAUAAUUUUUGCUACGGCAAGAGGGCGCUUGUCAUGCGGAAUAGGCAUCAAGAAGCCCUCAAAAAAUCUCUGAUGCUAGGGCAUGCAUCACAAACAUCUUGGCUCAUGUGAAACUUGCAUGACAAGUCUCAGAAUCUUCCAGACCCAGACAGUUUUGCAGUGCAUAUUCCGCAGGGGCAGCUGAUGUCCGACUUCGAGGCGCGGUGGCCAGACCCAAACUUAUCUUCCGACCUAUGCAAGAAAAAAACUGUGUAAGUGUAAAUUUGUGUUGCAGAAGAUGCGACAGAGUUACACCUGUCAUGCCAAACAGCCAUGAAGUCCUCUUUUCAUGUGUGUUUUCCCUUAAAAACCAUGCAUGACAGGCUUUCUCUGUCAUGUAGAGCAAAUUUGUGAUGCUGUUCCUCAAAGAAAGUUACACUUACACAGUUUUUUUCCUGGAUACGACCAGCUAGAUUUGUAUUGCCGGGCAGUGUCGAGGAAAAAGCUCGAGUCAAGUCACUUUUACACACAAGUCAUCUGCUGGAUUUGUUCAUACUCCGACUUAUUGUUGAGCAGAGGCGUUUUAGUCCGCUUGCUCCUGGAGAAGAUUUUUUUGAAAGUUUUCGAAAGUUCAGUUUUGCAGUUUUCAAUUUCUUUUAGCCGUUGGAGCAAAGCGGCCUCUGGACAAGUUGUCGGCGGGUCCUGUGCUUUCGCAUUCGCGUACGGUGUGGACGCGAAAUUAGAAGGCUGCUGGCACAAGACCUCGGUGACGGCAGCGAUCUUGCAGGCACGACAGGGAAGAGAGCAGCGGUUUCCAGAUUUCGCGAGGACCGAAGAUGGAUGCCAUAAUCGUUUCCGGUGAGCUCCUUGAUGCAGUGGCAGCUGCAGGGACGGUUUCUCUGAUGUUGUGACUAAGAGUGCCGCAAUCUCAAACGUGCAAGCACUACAGUGACGCUCGCAUCAACUCCAAUGGUACCAUGUCGUCCACAAUAGAAAAUUGAUAUAGUGUCUGUCGUGAUAAAAAAUCAUAAAUGUGGUCACGCAUUUUAACCUUGUAGUUGUAUGACGAGGAAAGAACGACGUAAAAAUUGAAACCUGUAGUCGGAAUUUGAAAAUGAGGUCUACCUGUAUUUUAACUUAAAUCGCUCGUAUAUUUGGAUCAAUCUCUUCUAAAUCCAUCGGAAGAACAACAAGCAGAAGAUUUUUAUCGUGUGAGAAAGACAGACUAGACUUGACUCAAAGCUUUUUUCUCCUGCACACCUCGCUGAAACAGUACAUCGACGACUCAGUCACGGUUGCGGCGAUCUCGGGCGUUUCUGUCGUCUCAGUUGUGUCCCAGCAAUCGCCUACCACGACAACCACCACGACGACCACCACUACGACAACGACCACCACGACGACCACCACCACCACGACAACCACCACCACCACGACUACCACGACAACAACACUCCCAUCGUUCAGUAGGAAGUUCACCAUCCAGCUGAACACCCCGUCGACGGAGACGGCCAGUAGCAUUGCGGCGAUGCAUAUUCAUUGCAAAUAUGUCUGGGUCUGGAGAAGUGCCAGGUUUGUCAUGCAUAUUUUCCAUGACCCAUGAUGUCUAUGAUGCAUGCCCUAGCGUCACAGAUUCUGCGAGGACUUUCUGAUGCUUAUACCGCAUGAGAGACGCCCUCUCCGCGUAGCAAACACUGGACCCUUUUUGCUGUUCAUGCAAUACAGAUCUCAUGUAGGAUCCAAAGGUAGCAUCACAAGUUGCUUCCUUCCCACCAAGACAUAUUUGCAGUGCAUAAUGCAGUCGGUGGUCGAUGCCAUGAAGAACGGCACGCAGUACUACUUCAAUAGCGAUCCGGCCUUGAGCUUCGCGUAUGAAAGCCUCAGGUUGGAAAUCCUCAAAGUGGAAAUGAUUUGUAAUGCAAAAAAACGACUCCAGCUGAAGCGCCAUUUGUAGUCGGCGCAUGACAAAUUUCCCGGGCACUUAAAGCAUGUCUGUCAUGCAGGUUAAGGCAAAGGGGUGUCCUUCUCUCGUGCUAAGCAGCACUCCAAUUCUUUACCCCUAGCAGGACAAUAGUCGGCCUCCAUUUUCGCGUCCUCUGCAAUACAGGCUUUUUUGCUUCGCAUUUCAUGCAUCACAAAUCAUUUUCACUCUGAGGAUUUCCAUUCUGAGGCUUUCAUAUCGCGAUGAGCGACCUGACGCAGUUCGAGGUGGCCGCGGCGUCGAACCAGUCCGCCAGCGUGACUUUAGCCGACAUUGACGUCACGUAUACCGCGCAAGUGCCCUCCGGGCAAGCUCUGUCCGACUACGAAACGAGGUGGCCGGAUCCGGAUUUAUCCACGGACCAGCAGGAUCUGUUGAAGCAGUACAUCAAUGAGAGCAGCACUAUGGCAUCGAACCCGGAUAUCACGGUGAGUAGCGCAGAUAUUGUGAGUCAGCCGAGUCCAACGACGACCACGACGACCUCAACUAGUACGACUACGACUACCAGUACCACGACAACAACGUCGACAACCACCACAACAACGAGUACUAGUACGACAACGACCGAAGCAAGUACGAGUACCACCCAGGCUGCCACGACAACUCAAGCUGCUACAAGUACUGAUGCUUCGAAUACUACGACGGAAGCGCCAACCACUCAAGCUGCUACUACUGCUGCUUCGAAUGCUACGACGGAGGCGCCGACGACUCAAGCUGCUACUACUGUUGCUUCGAAUGCUACAACGGAGGCGCCAACGACUCAAGCAGCGACGACGCAGGCACCCAAUACAACUACCGAAGCCCCGACCACCGCAGCUGCGACAACGCAGGCACCCAAUACAACUACCGAGGCCCCAACAACCGCAGCUGCGACAACGCAGGCACCCAAUACAACUACCGAGGCCCCGACCACGACUGCAGCAACGACGGUGGCCGCGACGACGGUGGCAGCUGCAACCACCGCCGCUGCAACCACAGCAGCCGCCACAACCGCUGCUGCAACGACUACCGCGCUGCCGACUUUACAGUUCGGAGGCUCGGUGGCCUGUUCGGGGGACCCGCAGACCUGUGCCUCGGACCCGGACCUGGUCAGUGCCAUGAAGCAGGGGACGGCCACGUAUUUGGCGAAUUCGCUCCCGGGCACCACGGCGGCCGACCUGCAGAACUUCCAGCUGACGGUGACCAACACGUCCAUGUUCUUGCUGGAGUUUGA